AUUUGUCUAUUAUCACAAACCCGAAGAAGACAUCAUUCCUCUUUCCGUAAACAGCACAAAUGUUGCAUUAUUUCUGACAGAUACAAAUUAAGCUAUGGGUUGUCGGUGUAUAAAUAAAUGUUGACCUUCUAUUUAAUAAACCUGCGUCUUACAAUUAGAAGAAGUUUUUUUGCAGAGCGUCCUCUGGGAUUAGAAGAAAUGAGUCACGCGACUUGUAAACAAACAGGAGGAUGACAGACAGACUGUCACGAGCUUGACUGUGUUUCUUCAUCUUCAAGCACUUUACGUGUCAUUUAAAACCUUUGUUCCUAUCAUGAAUACUUGAAGGAUGCAGAAAUGAAGACGUCGAUAUUCUGCAGACCGCUUCAGCACUAGAUAUUUCUCUGUUUGUAAAUGUGAACGUGACUGUCUGUUCAUCAUCAAGACUACAAUGACUGUCACCAUGAAGGCAAACAAGUCCUACAAACUUGUGGUGCACAAGAAGGGCUUUGGAGGGAGCGAUGAUGAGUUGAUGAUGAAUCCUAAAGUCUUUCCUCAGGUGAAACUGGGGGAUAUUGUUGAGAUUGCUCAUCCGAAUGAUGAGUACAGUCCUCUGCUGCUGCAGGUCAAGAGUUUGAAAGAAGACCUGCAGAAAGAAACUAUCAGUGUAGAUCAGACAGUGACUCAGGCCUUCAAGCUUCGCGCCUACCAGGACGUCAUCAUCAAUAUUGUGGACCCAAAGGAUGUGACUUUGGAUCUGGUGGAGCUCACCUUUAAAGAUCAGUAUAUUGGACGAGGAGACAUGUGGAGACUGAAGAAGAGCUUAGUGAGCACGUGUGCGUAUGUGACACAGAAAGUAGAGUUUGCAGGGAUCAGGUAACAACAUCCAUUGUUACAGGCUGUCUGGAAUACUUGAUUCUGAUUGGUCAGGUUUUUACAGUCAGAAGUAUGUGUAUAAUGGCAAGGCAAGGCAA